GUAAUUAGAGUGCGCCAGAGUGAAUAGAUGUGGCGCAAUGAAUGGGAGUGUACUUGUAAACUAAUCAAAACAAAAAUAAAACAAUCGUGACCAUGACAUCAUUAUUAAGUACGCGAUAUAUGACACAACUUAUUAGUUAGAUUGCAAAAAAGAUAAAAGGUGUGCGAAUUUUGUACAAAAUAAAAAACAAAACAGGAGAUGAGUAUUCCACAGAACGAGUUUGAAGUAGAGUCAGACCAAAAUAAGUUGGCAGCGAUUUUGAUAGCCGAGCCUGUGCAAGUGUUAAGUAAACGUCAUAAUUUCAUAGAUGUUUGACGUUUAAAAUAAGACUUGCACUGUAUGGACUGCCAAAAUCGCUGCCAACUUAUUGUGGUUUGACUCUAUGCGUGUAAGAAUUUAUUUAAAUAAAAAAUCUGUAGGAUUGUUAUGACAAAUCAUUGUGUAUGUAUAGGCCUUAAGUUAUCUGUGCCGAACGCUCCCCAAAGUGACGCCUUUUUAGACGCUUCUCUUUGAUUCGAACAUUUCGUUUCGGAAUGACAUUUUGAAACUGUCUCUUUGAAUCCGAACGAUCCAUAGAAAUAUUUUUGAAUUUGAACUAAUAUUACUUACGUAUCCCUUUUUAUUAUAAUAAAUCAUGGAGCCAGAUGCUGGCGUAAUAUUAUCAGCUUUCAAGUACCUAACGAAGGACGACGAGCAAAUUUGCAGGUUAUGCUUGAGCCCUACGCCUCAGUACGCAAAAUAUAUUCAGGAUUCCGUGAUUUUGAAAAAGCCGUAUUAUGAAGACACUGUUACAUAUACUGAGAUGUUCGAAGAACUUGGUGUCAGUGAAGAACCACUACUCCCGCAAACCUUGUGUGAUACCUGCGCCCGGGCCAUUACGAACGGAUAUCUAUUUAAAAAACUUCACGAACAUUCCAAAGACCAGUGGGACACAGUGCUAUCAAGUCUCAACAAAACUUUGAUGCAAGCUGAAACGGUCAGUCCAUCGGUAAGGACUGCUUACAUAGUCCUUAGUGAAACAGGUAACUACAUAGUCACAAGACGGAAGACUCUUUCACCUGAUAAAGAAACUGCUGCAUUGAAAUUAAACAAGAUAAUCAAAAGUAGAUGCCGGUAUGUGCAUCGCAAAAAAACUUGCCUUAUUUGUGAGGAAUGUGGCAUGAAAUUUAAAACGAGAGUUCUCUUGGUUCGACAUAUGAAGUCACACAAAGCUAAGCCUUUAAAUUGCCCUCAAUGUUUCAAAGCUUUUUUAACUCAAGUGCAAUUAACUGAACAUGCAGAGAGAGUACACUAUCCAAAGAAAAUUAAAUGUCCUAAAUGUAAGAAAAUGUUCAGUACACAGAGAACUUUAAAAGCUCAUGAUCGGCAAGAGCAUGUUGCAGUUUUAUGUAAGUUAUGCUUCGUACAGUUCCCAUCUAGGUCGGCAUUGAAAGUACACCUGGACAAACAUGAUGUUAUUAAAUGUCCUCGCUGUAACAAGAGUUUCAUCAACAAACAGACGUUCCGUAGCCAUGUAAAGCAGUGUGGUAAUGCUGAAGCCAAAGUGAUAAGCUUCUUUUGUGACAUUUGCGAGAAAGGCUAUAUUCGUAAAAAUGCUCUGCGCUCACAUCUAAAGAUAGACCAUGGUUUUGGUAAAGUACUUUCAUGCAGUUGGUGUGCUAAGAAAUUUGAUGCUGCUAGCAGAUUACGUAACCACAUAGUGAAGCAUACAAGGGAAAGGAAUUUUAGUUGUGAGCAUUGUAAUGGGAAAUUUGUAACUCAAGCGGCUUUAGUCUAUCAUACUCGCUUGCAUACAGGUGAACGGCCAUUUAAGUGUGACUUAUGUGAGGAAAGUUUCCUCUCAGCUUCCAGAAGGAUGGAACAUAAACGGAGAAAGCAUUUUGGGCCUCAAAUGGAAUGUCCCGUAUGCCACGUCAAGUUUGUACUUGGUAGUCAGCUCAAGAAGCAUGUGGCCCGACAUUCGGAUCCUCAGAGCAAGCUGUAUGUGCCAACGUUAGAUGGUAAACAAGAAAGAAAAUAUGUAGUACGUAAUGUACUUACGAGAGUUAAUUAGAAGAUUAUGUAGUGUGCCUUAUGAAUUUAAUUAGUUAUUAUUUAAUGAAAUAAACAUCUUUUUAAUCUACAA